AUGCGUUUCCAGGAACUGGAGCGGAACAAUGACGACGACGAUGGUCAUGAUGACGCUGCGCCCGGGCAGACGGCUCGGCCAAUUUCGGGUGGAGUAAUUAAAAACAUCAAAUUAACCCUGGCAUUGCAGAAAAUGUAUGGAUUUCUGCUGCUGCUCCUGACCGUUUGGGUCACGGGCAGAAUUAUUAAACCGGAGUUGGAUGAGGAACUGAAUGCUUUCGAUACAAUGCAUGACUUCUGAUGCGACCUGCCCGACGAAAGUCCGCAAUUCUGCGACUGCCAGAUGGAAUGGCACGAAAAUAUCAACUACGAGACGGAUGAAGAGGAACAGACGUACUUGUUUGUGAGUUCAGUUGAGGAGGAUAAACAAAUAGUCAACUUAUUGUGGUUCAGUGCUCUGCGGUGCAGUUUCGACAAAACAAAGUUCCUGGGCAGGAAUCGCCGUUCACUAAAUCUGUUUGAGGUAAAGGAGCUUUUGGAAAGCGAUCUGGUCAACGAUGCGGACGUGGAGCUGCUUUAUGACACCUAAGUCAAGUGCGACAAGCAUGGUAGGUUUGAGUUGCAGGAGCGCUCUUCCAUUUGCUGCACAAGACCCCUCUCCCGCCUCGGCUGUCAUCCAUAUCACGAGAUGAUCAUCCACUGCCCAAAAAAGCGAUUCCGUCAAAAAGCCCAGUGCGAAGAGACCCGCAACCAUCUGAAGCAAUGUAUGCAGUACCUAAAGUACAAAUCCUAGAAUUGGAUUAAAGAUACGAACUGAUCUGGCAGCUUACA